CUACCCCGGGCGCGCCUGGCACGCCGGCCGCAGCUGUCCUAGUGGCGGCCGCCGGAUCCUGAACCAUGCGAGUCGCGGGCCUGGGUGCGCUCCCGGGGCUGGCGCUGCCUCUACUUUUGGCCGGGGUCGGGAUGUUGACGGCUGCUUCGCCCCCAGCCCCGCCGCUCUUCAACGUGAGCCUGGACGCGGCGCCCGAGCUGCGCUGGCUGCCGGUGCUGCGGCACUUUGACCUGGACUUCGUGCGCGCCGCGAUGGCACACAUUCUUGGGAAUAGGGUCCCCAAGUGGGUCCACGCGUUGAUUGGAAAGGUGGUCGGGGAGCUGGCUGCCUUCCUGCCCCAGCCCUUCACAGAUGAGAUCCGGGGCAUGUGCGAAGUCCUGAACUGCGACCUGGCCGACUGCCUGCUUCUCAACCUGGUUUACGAGACCACCGCAUUCUGCACCAGUAUUGUGGCUCAAGACUCCAAAGGCCACAUUUACCAUGGCCGGAAUCUAGAUUAUCCUUUUGGAGAUUUCUUACGCAAGUUGACCGUGGAUGUGCAGUUCUUAAAGAAUGGGCAGGUUGCAUUCACGGGAACCACGUUUAUUGGCUAUGUAGGAUUAUGGACCGGUCAGAGUCCACACAAGUUUACAAUUUCUGGCGAUGAACGAGAUGAAGGCUGGUGGUGGGAGAAUGUGAUCGCUGCCCUUUUUCAGAGACACUCCCUGAUCAGCUGGCUUAUCCGCACUACCCUGAGUGAGUCAGAAAACUUUGACGCAGCUGUUUAUAAAUUGGCCAACACACCCCUUAUUGCUGGUGUUUAUUAUAUUGUUGGUGGUGCGUCCCCUCGGGAAGGAGUGGUCAUCACGAGGAACAGAAAUGGCCCCGCAGACAUUUGGCCUCUAGAUCCUUUAAAUGGAGCGUGGUUCCGAGUGGAGACAAAUUAUGACCACUGGAAGCCAGCACCUGAGAAAGAUGACCGAAGGACGCCUGCCAUGAAAGCACUUAAUGCCACAGGCCAGGAAAACCUCAGCCUGGAGACGCUCUUCCAGGUUUUGUCAGUGUUUCCGGUUUGUAACAAUUAUACAAUUUAUACUACAGUAAUGAGUGCUGCUAACCCAGAGAAGUACACGACGAGGAUCAGAAACCUGGGUUAAAAAUGAUUUUUUAAAAACGAAACUCUCGAAGAGCCGUACGUUAAAAAACAAAGUAAAAGGAUUGUAUUAUUUUAGGAACAAUACGGGUUCUUUCCUCAUUAAAGUUUUCAAUCUUGUGAAGUGGGGGGCAGGAAGGCCCCUCUGGAGCUGGUUUUGGUAAAGUGGGUAAUAGGCUUGCAUUCACUUCCCUUCAUCAUUUGCCUUGACCCUCUCUAAGCUUAAGCUUUGUCUCAAAGAUAGUUGGUCUCAGAGGUCAAGCCCUAUCCUUGGGCUUUAGUUCCAGCUUCUUAGCACAAUAUGUGGCAAUGUUGUCAUACCUCAGCUUAUGAAGAAAUGAGCUGGCAAGACAUUUUUGCUUAUUAUGAAGUGCUUCUGGAAGAGUCUGAGAAAAAAAGAUUAUUCGAAAAGAAAUGGAGAAAUGUGGUUUGAAGAGAGCCUGUUUGAAUGUUCGUUAGCCUGAGCUUUGAUCAUGUAUUUCCAAUAUGAUGGGAUUCUCACUUUUCAUAAUUUGUCUAAUGUUUCUUUAAGCAGACCGAUGGGCCUCCUUUUUCUAAAUAGCUACUUUCUUACUGCUUUUUGAAAGCAGUUUGAAAACAAAAUUAUGUCUGAUUGUCACUUUUCACUAGUUAAUAAAAUGUUGCAAGGGAUGUCAGCAAGAAGAAUAAAAUUGUCUUCCAAGAUACUGAAUAUUGUGUUCUCUCUACAUUCUUACCCCUGACGUUGUGUGGUUCUGGACAGCUGUCCUGAGGAAGCAGCUCUGGGAGAUGUUAUUUAAGCGCGAGGACUGAGAGGGACUCUGAUCUUUGGAUGGAAAUUUGACGAAUACCCUAAUGUUAACCAGGCAACAUGGAGGCAGAGAGGACU